UUUGUUAUUGUUCCAUCCAGUGAGUGAGAUGUUUUCUUCCUGCUUAAAUAUUUUUAGGUCUCGGUUAAUAAUUAAUUUUAUGGUGAAGUGAUAUAAAUGUCAGAACUCAAGAUGCACCAUGGUUCGGUAGUUUCUCCCUUAGUUUUCUCUUAAACCUCAUCUUUUUGUGAAGUGAAAAGUUAUCAGUGUAAAAUGUAUGUCACCCCUAAACCCCUCCAAGAGGAGUGCAUAAAUUUCAUAUGCAAUCAUUUUCAGACUUUAUGGGAUCCGUCACCUGGUUGCCAAGAAAAUCCCUCAGAAAGUGGGAGCAUCCACUUACCUCCUUAUUCCACCACUUAUCCCCUUCACUGGAGGGAUGAAGAUGUAUCACUUCCUAAAGAGGUAUCGGAAGUAUUACUGCGGAACCUCUCGACCAGAGGCAGAAUCAAUGAUACAACCAUCACGAUCUUCGAUCCUCGAUCCACAGCCUUAAGGAAUGUCUGCGUGGCCGAUGGAAGUAAGCUGUCAAAAAAGGGCCUAGAAUUUCUGAGGAAUCACAAAGUUGAAUCUUUGGAAAUUUCAAAACUCAAGCUCAAAGCAUUCAGUGAUCUGUUAGAAUGUUUGGGAGAAUGGAGCAUAGAGAAUCUGAAAUCCCUAAAUGUUUCUGGUGGAGAGUUUCAAUUCAUGCCAAACUGCAUAGACAUUCUUCUAGAAUUGGAUAAUUUAAGAAUUGUAAAUGUAAGCAAUACAAGACUGUGCUCUUACUCCCUUGAUUUUUUUACACGUUACCUGCAGCAUCUAGAAGUGCUAAAUAUCUCUAGCACAGAAGUUGAUGAUCUUUCACCCCUCAAAAGGUGUCGCAACACCUUAAAAGGCUUAUUUAUGUACCAAUUGGAAAUCAGCAAUCAAGUAGACGUAAUAUUAGACCUCGAAAAGUUACAAAUGUUGGAUAUUUCUACCGAUCCUCCAAAGCAAUUGUCAUCAAACAUGCCUCUAAGUCAGAAGAGUUGUGAUAUUACGAGCAUUCUCUCCAACCCAAAUGCCCUGCCCGAUCUCAUUUCCUUAGAUAUUUCCGGAAAAAACUAUGAUGGUCAAGUUUUAUUAAGUUUUGUCCAAAACCACCCUAGAUUAAAAUUCCUUGGACUUGUGUGCUCAAAAACUUGUCAUGAAACAUUCCUCACGGAGCCGAAAGACCAGAAUUUUAAUCCUGAUUUGAUGGUCACUGGGACAGGCUCUGAGGACCAAAUUUUCCUAGGCCUCACGUGUCCUGCUUACAAGGAUCGUAGCCUGUACGUUCAAAAACUGUUGAAAGUGUUAUUCAAACUCUCGUUGACAUAUGUGGAAGCAAGAGUUGACAUCGUUGAACUAGUAUUAGAAGGAAUGAAAAGGCAUCCUGAUGACAUCACAGUUCAAUUGGCAGGUACAGCAUGUCUGUAUAACCUGACGAAAGGAGAGCUGUCACAGAAAAUCCAUCCAGAUACUCUAAGGGAAGUCGCUGCAACUUGUCUCGAUGCUAUGCAGCGGUACCCCAGUCAUUACCAGUUGCAGAAGAAUACUCUCUUGACCAUAUGCAGUGAGAAGAUACUUCAGGCAAUGAAACCAGAAAAGUACCGUUGUGCGAAACUAGUGCUUGAUUGUCUUUGCUCGUUUGAUGACCCCUCAAUGAACAAAAUGAGCGUAGCCAUUUGUAGCAUCCUUGCCUCCAAGCUAGCAACCCAUGAAACUUCACUUUUGGGCUCCAACACAAAAUAUAUGAAGAAAAUGUUAUUUAUAGCAGCAGAAAAAAUUGAAUCCAAAAGGACGGAUGUGACGUUACGAUUUACAUUGAGUGCUCUAUGGAAUCUCACCGAUGAAUCUCCAGACACUUGCAAAGUGUUUCUCAACGAAAAAGGUCUGUGUCUCUUCCAGUUAGCACUAGAUCAGUUCAUGAAUGAAUCCUCAAUAGAAACCAAAAUUUUAGGAUUAGUCAAUAACAUUGCAGAAGUCAAGGAGCUGAGAAAACAUCUACUCAAGCCCAAACUUAUUCUUAAACUACGGAGUUUGUUGCAUUCAAGUCACAUAGAUGUAAGUUACUUCUCCGCUGGAAUAAUAGCGAAUUUAGCAUGUGAAGGCGAAGAAUCCUGGUUGGUGAAAGAGAUUUCGAGAUCAGAGCUAUUGAGCGAACUGGAAACAGUCAUUCAUCAGUGGAAGCAGCCAGAAAUGGAGAUGGUUGCAUACAGGUCUUUCAAGCCACUGAUUCCGCUACUAGAAUGCCCGGACUCGCCAGUUCAGUUGUGGGCUGUUUGGGCCAUUAAUCAUGUGUGCACAAAAAAUGUUUCAAGAUAUUGCCCCAUGCUGAAAGUUGAAAAGGUCAGCUUGCUACUGAAUGCAAUUUAUUUUAAUCCAAACGUUGAACCUCGAGUACAGAAAAUAGUCAGUCAAAUCAUUGAUUACAUCAAUGCGUGCCCUAAUGAACCAAGCCCAGCAAUGGACGAACCGUAACUGUUUUCUAAGAAGACUACAACAUAAAGUCAAGUUUAAGAAAAAAAUAAUACAAAAAAAGGAAAUUGAUGCAUGAAAACUAGGUAAAAUUGAUCAAUUUUUAUCAAUUGACUAGGUAUUUUUAAGUUUUGUAAUUACUAAGGCAGUAACUUUGUUCGUCAGUGACGUUUAUCAAGUAUUACAUAUUUUAAUUAUGUUAAUGUUA